AUGAAUAAUCAAAGCAGCAACACCGCCAAUAAUGGUGGUUCUUCUAUCAUUCCGAACACUAACAAAUCAACUCCUUUGCGACCGAAGCAAUUCCAAGAUGUUCUUGAUAUCAUCAGAGAUCCGAAUUCUGUCUUGUUUUUUGAGUAUUCUAACGAGUCUCAAGCUGCUAAACGAACAUUAAAUUGGGCCAUUUACUUUUAUCAACACAAGGAAUUCGUAAAAGCAAGAGAUGCACUCAUCAAAUGUGGAGAAUUGAUUUCUACCAUCAAUUCACAGCUCACACAACUCUUACAAAAGAACAAUACAACCACCAUCCAUAAUGAUGAUGGUGACAGUUCCAAAAAGAACAACAUGCUUGUACAACAAUUACAAGCUGGAAAGGAUUUUCUAUUCAAAAUUAUUCUUCUCGUUGAAUAUAUUGAUUUGUUGUUGAAACAGAAACCUUCAUCAUCAUUGUCACCACAACGUCAAACCUCACAAUCCAAAGUGCCACCAUCGCAGCAACAAUCUUCUUCAUCCACCACUGGCUCUUCUACCCAAAGAGCUCUCUCCCGAAUUUCUAGCGGGAUUUUCUCAAAGAUCACCUCGAUAGCAACAGGUUCUUCUUCAUCUACCUCAUCAUCAUCUUCUGUAAAUAACAUCAACAAUACAAACAAUGGUAAUUCGUCAUCGGAAUCUACUCUGCUACGUUUUAUCAACAAUGUUGGAAGUGCUUUAAAAAAACCAAAGGAAGAUGUACCUAUUCCAAAUUUGGCUGAAACCUAUGUACAGGAACAAUAUGUGUUCAUUGAAUUUAUGGACAGCAAAAACAAUCCGAAGAAAAUUCCAGAAAAUCCAAAAACAAUGCCAAGUCUUAAUGCUGGAGUUGUGACAACUGCUUCUUCCUUGACAUCACGAGAAUCAGUAUCAACUUUGCAACAACGAUUACAAACGGUCAUGAAAGGAACCAAACCUUCACAACCACAACAAUUACAUGCAAUUCAACUACAUCAACAACCUCAGCAACCUCCAUCUAAUGCUGUACCUCGUUUAUCCCUAGACGUAUCUCCAAACGAAAAUAGAAGUCCUCAAUCUGCAUCUAGAAUGAAAUCUUUUAUUUACUAUAUAGACAGUCGAAAAGAUCUCUCCCCUGAAAACAUUUCUGCAGAAGAUGUAAAAAAUAUGAUCAAGAUAUUGAAUGAAAAUUUAAAAACUUUAGGAUCAACAUCGAACUACAAAGCUCUGGAAGUUCUUAACCGAAUUCAUGAAAAAAUUCUGCCCUAUAAAAAGCAAAUUCUCAGGGAGCUGAGCAAUCAAUCAACAAAGGAGAAGUCAAAGAAGCUUUACAUGCUUAAAAAAUUUUUAAAGAUUGCUUUUACUGCACAGAUGGUUAAUCACUUUAUCUCGAAAGAAGAAAGUGUCAAUACUCUGCAAGAGAAUUUGCAACAAUUUUUUGAGGUUGAUAAUUUUACACUUCAUCUAUUAAUUAUCUAUGGAAUUGCGGAAAGUUUUGACCAUACACAUUUUUGUUUAUCAUAUCUUUCACACAACAUUGAAAAUUUUUCUCAAUCCAUUAACUCUGUAAAUCAAUACCAAGUAGAGAAGAGACAAAUAUAUCGCCAAGUGGAUGAGCUUGUGUUUGGUCAUUUGCGCAACAGAAUUAUGGAGUUAAAGUGGUGCUUUGGAAUUGAUACGUUUGCCUACGUUACAAAUGAUUUUGACGGUGAUGCUCUCUUAGCGUUAGAUGCUUUGUUGUCAUGCCUAAUUGGAUGGCAAAAGGUCAAAACGUUAAUGGGAGACUACAGUGUAAAUAACCCUCCUUCUACGUCACACAUUAUUGCAGAUUCUUUGGCUCACUUUGUUCGAAAAGUUUAUAUUCUCAAUAGAGAGAUCAUUUCCAAUAACUUGAAACAAUCUGGAAGACUGAAAGGUUUCUUUUUAGAAGCAACAUUUAACAUGAAUUUGGCUACAUUUGUUGUCGACGAGAGCAAGCAAUUGAUUGCCCGAUUUGCUUCUCAUCUCGAUAAGCAUUUAAUUGAAGCAAAUACUACAUUUGCUGAUAUUAUAUGCUCCGAAUUUUCCAAACAUUUAACAGUAGAAGUUAGCGCGUUUUGUCAAGAAGCUCUCAAAUAUCAAAAUGCUUGCAUAGAGCAAGGAAAGAAAAACAAAUAUCUUCGAGUUUACUUUAAUGAGCUCAAUCUAGGAGUCAUUAACAAAUUAUGCUCUCAUUUGGCUACAAAGUACAGAGUGUUGCAGGAAUUAUCUGCAUUUGUAGGAAAUUUUGACUUUACCAUGUUUUAUGAAAUUGUUAGUUUAUGCAUUACAGUUGCAACUCCAAACAGACUGAAAGACUUUUAUGCCAAAGUAAUGAGCAUGGAUACACUUGACAAGCCCAUUGAUAAAACAGUUCUGUACACAUUUUCGUGUAUUGAUAUGGCAAAUGCAAGUUUGAAACCUAUUCAUACGAUUUACAACUUGGAUGGAAUCAUUAGAAAUCAGAAUGACAAGUACCUGAGUUUUCUCACGUUGCAUUUUGAAGCAAUUCGACCAACGAUUUCUGAAUACCUCCAAACCAUGUUGAACAGAUGCAAGUUUGAACUUUCAAAACAAGGAAAUGUACACGAUAGAAUUAGACUUGCUUGUAUUGCUUUCAAUAACGUCAAUGGUCUAUUUCUGUACGCAAAAGACAUUUUACAACAUUUUAACAAUGCCAUCUAUACCCAACUUUUAGAAGAUUAUGAGCGAAAUAUAGACCCAGAAGACGAAGACAAUGAAGUGAAUUACAAUCUCCUCCACGAUAAAUUGAUUGAAGUAUAUGAUUUUCCAACUGUGAAAUCGAUCAUGAAUGAAAUUCAAAUGGUAACUACGGAUAUGGCCUUUUGCAUUGCAGAUUGGAUUUAUGCCAUGAACGAACAACGAUUUGAAGCAAUAUUUACCUGUUUACCUGGAAAAGAGAUGGAACAUUUAAUGGUUUUACUGAGCUCUCUCGAUCGAUUUUUCAUACAUUUAUCCGAUGUGCUGUACUUGGAAUUGUUACAUGAAGUAUUGAAACAUUUAUUUGUGAUUUAUGUCCAGAAAUUAUUAAGGAACAAGCUGUUGGGAUGUAAACAACAAUCUCACCUCAAUGCCUCCGAACUGCUCUCCCCAAUCUCAUCUGUUCCACCCUCCAUGGAUAUUUUGUCCACUUCUCCCGGGACUUCCAUCUUCCAAUAUAACUCGCCUCAUAUUGGCAUUCAAAUUUGCCUCAAUGGAUUUAGAGACUUGUUUUAUGCGAAUGGUGAAGGACUGCCACUUGAUUUUAUCGAACAACAAGCAAAAGAGUUGGACAUUUUGUUACUCAUCUACACAGACGACACUGAAUCAUUGAUUAAUCUGUAUGAAACAUUAAUAGGAGAAAAUGAUGACAAGACCCUCAUUGACUUGUAUGAUCGUUUUUCAAAUCAUUUACCUUCGAAUGGAAGUGUUCACGAUGACAUUGACAACAUUUCCAUCGCCAGUGGCCACUCUGGAUUGAGCAGCAAUAGCUCCACGGAUUCUGUGGUCAUGCUGUCACUACAAAAAACCAUCAACAACAAGAACAAGAAUGAUUUUCUGUCUCCUGAACUGAUCCUUCUUCUCCUCAACAAACGAAAGAAGGACCGACGAGCUCGACAAUAUGCGCGACAGAGACUGAAGAAAGAUCUUCAACAACAACAACAAUAA